AUUUUUUUUAGGCAAUAAUAAUAGUAGGCAACAUUAAUAAUGGCUUUUCCUGCAGAAGCAUUAGCAAUAGUUAUUGAUGUUAGUCCUCAUAUGACAAUACCUGAUUCUGAAAACCAAUCUCUUCUUCAAAAAAGUAUUUUGGCUGCUAACAAGAUUGUGCAAAGAAAAAUAUUUGCUGAUACUAAGAAAAAUAAAGAUGAAGCCACACUCAUACUUUUUGGAACAAGUGGAACAUUCAAUCCUCUGAAUGACGGACACAACCAGUAUAAACAUAUCACAAUAGUACAAGAGCUUCGUGUUAUAGAUCUUGAUUUGCUCAAAUUUAUUAAUAAUCGUAUUCUACCGGGUACAGCAAAUGCUGAUUUCAUUGAUGCUCUGGUUGUAGCUGUGGAUCAUUUGAGAACAAAAUGUUUAGGGCGAAAGAUGACAAAAAAGAUUGUUCUGUUUUCUAACAUGUGUUCAGAGUUUGCUGAUGAUCAAUUAGAAAUGAUAAUAUCUGCAAUCAAAGCAUGUGAAAUCAACCUUAUUUUUGUCGGUCCUGAGAUAGAUGAUGAUGAUGAUAGUGAAGUGCAGAGUCCAACCCCAAUGCUAAACAAUAAACCUCUAGGAUCUCAGCAAGUUAAAGGUAUCAACUGCAUUCGUCAUAUUUUAGAAUCUGUAGAUGGAGAAGGCAUGUCUAUAAGUGAAGUUCUUCCAAUGGUGAGUUUCUUUGAAAAACGAAGCAAAAAGCAAGUUACAGCGUUUCGAGGACCUAUUGAAAUAGGAGCAUCAUUAAAAAUUAAUUGCUAUGCUUUUGUUAAGACAUCAGAGGAGAAGCCGUUUUCUUGGAAGAAACUUUCAGCAGUUGCUGAAUCAGAACUCAAUUGUCACACAAUGGAAGUUGACAUGAGGCGAUCAUACCAUAGGAUUGAUGAAGAUCAAACACAAGUAGAAAAAGAUAAUAUUGCACAUGCAUAUCGUUAUGGAAAAAUGCUUGUUCCAAUGUCAGCUGAAGAUCAAAAAGCUAUGAAACUCAACUCAGAAAAAGGGUGUUUAGUACUUGGUUUCACUUCUCGAAAUAAUAUUGAUCGCUGGAUGUUCAGUCAAAAUGGUUGUCAUAUUUUUGUUGCCCAGCCAGACGAUGAAUAUGCAGCUGUAGCUUUCUCUGCUCUGUGUCGUGCAUUAGAUGAAAAAAAUAUGGUGGCAAUUGUUCGCUAUGUAUCAAGGAGCAAUAAUGAUCCAAAAAUUGGAUUUUUAACUCCUAAUAUAAAGAGCUCUUAUGAAAGUCUUUUAUUUAUUGCUUUACCAUUUAAAGAAGAUAUCAGACACUAUCAGUUUGCUUCAUUUAAGAAUGUUAAAGAACCAUCAGAAGAAGCAAUUGCAGCAAUGGAUUCAUUUAUAGAUUCAAUGACUCUCAUAAAGAAUGAUACAGAGUUAUUUAAUCCGAAAGAUUUGGUAAAUCCUUAUAUGCAAAGACAGUUUCAAUGCAUUCAACAUCGUGCAUUAAAUCCCGAUGACACAACAAUACCAGAGGUGGAAGAAUAUAUUGCAAGUUCAUUGAGAGUUAUUCCUGAGAUGUUAGCUAAUGCACAAGAACAAGCAAGUAUAAUCAAGAAAAAUUUCCCUUUGCAAGAGUUAAAACAAAAAGAAAAAAAUGUCAACAUGUUCCAACAGGGUGGAAUUAAUGAUACAGAAUAUAAUGAUAACAAUAUGGGAGAUAAUGAAUCUAGAGACUUUUUAUCAAGUUUAACGAAGUCUUGUUUAAAGGAGGUUGGAACAGCUGAUCCGGUUAAUGAUUUCUUAACAUUGAUAGAAAAUGCUGACAAUGACAAGUUUGUUGAAGUGUGCGAGCAAAUGAGGAAAAGCAUCUUGAAACUCGUUCUCAACUCUUUUUUAUCUCAAUAUUUCAUAAAAGCUAUUCAAGCAACUAAAACUCUUAGAGAACAAAGCAUUGCUAAAAGAGUGUCCAAAGUUUAUAAUGCCCUUUUAUAUGACUUGAAAGAAGAAACCUGUGGAAAAUUAAAGGAUGAGUUUUGGCAGCUACUUAUAAAAGAAAAUUUAUCGUUAAUUAGUGGAAAUGAAGCUAAAGACAGCACAAUAACAGAAGAUCAAGUUCAUUCAUUCUUUCUAAACAAUGAAGUUGAAGAAAAACAGAUCAUUGAACUACUAAACGAUGACGUCGAUGAUCUGUUUGAUAUGAUGUAAGCGUCCUUGAAGUCAUGAUCAAGUUUGUUGACAAAGCUGUCAGUGGAACCGAAGAAAUACUUAUCGUGCUCAAACUUUUAAUGCCCAUAAGUGCUUAAAACAGAAAAGUUUAUCAAUACUAAUAUUAAACUUCUAUAAGAAAUACUAUUAAAACGUUUAUUAAAAAUAAAAAGAAAAUUUUAUAUAAUAAAA